UCUCUGCUUCUUCUUGGGGCCAGGCUUCCCACGGACCUUGGGCUCUCCGUUGAGAGCAGCCGCACCUCUUUUGACGCCCUUCUUCUUGGGACCCUCGGCGGGAGGGCCCAUGCUCACAGAGGGGGGUGCAGGUGUGCCGGCGGCUGGAGUAUUGGGGCUCGAAUCCGACGCGUUUUCGGUGGUGGAAUUCACCGUCGCAGCCGGGAGCGUCGUCGAUGUGGCAGGCGACUCCUUGACAGGCGAAUCUUCCUUCACGUAAUCUGGGUCGACGAUAGCUCGGAGCUUGGCGCUGGGAACUCUGAGGGUGACGAGACCAGCUGAGUUGUUGUUGGACUUUCUACGGUCCUUGGCCGCAGCGGCGCUCUUGCUGGAAGGAGCCAUGACGCCCAACAGAAAAGCCGACGACGUUGUGGUGGGCGUUGGAGUUGGUGAUGGAAGAAGUGGUGGUUGGCUGGUUGGAAAUUUUGCUUUGUCGGGGCGGUGAUGCGGUGAAUUGCUGGUUGUGUGUGUGCAGCUCAGCGUUGCACGUUAUUCCUGACGCAGGCUAAUAUUAUUGCUGACGGGGAGGGCUGGUGGUGGUGAUGAGGUGGUGGUUGGUGAGGGUGGUGAUGAUGGAUUGUGGUGAUGAUGGGCAUCGGGAAGUGUUGUGGGAGAGAGAGAAUAGGAACGAUGGGAAUGGGAAUGGUUGAAAAGUUUGGAGCCCUCGCAGCCAUGGUGAGGCGGCGGGCUGUCCACCUGUUUUGCCUUCAUGCUGCCAAAGAAUAAGGUCGGGCAGUCGACUUGUUCGCACGAACCGAGGGGGACACUGCGCGGAGUCUCCAACAACAGCAAGGGAGUCUCGUCUUGGAUUUUUCUGGGGCCUGGUUCUUAGUACAUAACCCCAACCCUAAGUACCUCUGUACCUCACGUCAACCAAUCAUCGGCUCUCCCAUUCAUUGGAGGCUGCGCACUCGUCAAAUUGCGCUCCUUUCCCCUUCUUUCCGGAUCAUCACCAGUCCCAUCUUUUUCGCCAGAGUUUGCCCUGGAGGUGCAGGUUUUUAGGCUUCUCUCAGCACGAUACAGCAGCAGCCACACACCACCUCAGCCCACCUGACCGUACACACAAAAAGACUCGGCAUGAUUUUAGAUUUUGGAUUUUGAAGAUAUCUAGGGUACUGGAAUGACGCUAUGCCAGAUUGCUCGAGUCGUGGAUUUCAUCACGCACCGUGACCUCCUCGCUCCCCGGCACAGGCCACACGGCCAGUCUCCCAACCCAUUUUUGGUAUCUUGGGAUUGGGCCGUCGCAUCCACCACCUGAAAAAAAAGGUCUCACGCCGUGCCGACACAUGGAUGGGCCUCCGAAGCUGACCAAUUCAGCGACUAGGUAACCAUCCAUGCCAUCCUUCUUUGACCUUCUUUAUCAUCGACUUCGACUCAAGAAUCGAGAUCAUCAAUCGUCAACUGCCCCCCAGUUUCCCACUCUUGUUGACGGCCGGAAUGGGGUCAGUAUUUCUUUGUGUGCGGAACCGGAGAGGGGAGAGUCGAUGUGACCCAACCAAACCUCCAACGAGCGUAGAGUAACGCACAGGAAAUGGAAAUGGGGUGGGACACAACAAUGCCAACCUCAGCUCAGCAUCGCCGAGAGUCUGCACCCGCCCCCCUCUUCUGGUCUCCCCUCGUCUCUCUCCUUUCUCUCGUCGCGCGAACUGAUUGAGCUCUCCGCGGGGAGACAAACCGACACGACACCAAAAGUGGCUCGCGUUCAAACCGUUCACCCAAAUCUGCCGGUGUCUGCAAUUGAUCAGCAUCACUUCUUCGGCGGCAUGUUUCAGACCUCCCCCACGGCAUCAUGAAACCUUCUCAGACUUUUUUACCACUUUCGUCUGAUAUCCUCACCACCAAACCCGUGCAUGGCAGCUUUGACCAAGUGGCUCAAGCCGGACUGGAUAACAGUCGAAACACCAUACAUUGAUGGAGAUGCGAGUGCAUCAUGCAUCGAACACAGUGUACUGUAGCCAUGUACACUGCCUUGUCGUUCGGGAUCUUUCUUCCUUUUCCGCUUACAUGGCAUUGGUCCCCAUAUAUCAAGACAGCCGACAGUUAUCGGUGGCCAAAGAUCACUCCCUACAUGAGCGGACCGUCUUCUUAGACAUUCGGGAGCACGCGAACUGGCCGCAUUCCAGGAGUCAAGACAGCUUGCCGUGAUGCGGAGAAAUCUAUCACAAAAUUGGGCUGGGCAGGAGGGACAAUAUCGCACCAUUAUGUCUACCAUCGUACAUAUAGCAAUCGAAUUAAAGAAUGGCAGAGGCAUUCCAUUUUAUGCGUCUGAAGGAAUUAUUUGGACGCGUUUUCUCGAAAUCACUCCCAGGUCCAUGGUUGAUUGUACGGGACGGCCCGUCGUAUAUAUGCCAUCAUGAAGGCAUCCUUGGGAGAGAAGCUUGGGAUCAUCAAGCAGAGCCUUGGUGGCUAGGAACGACAACCCAUCAUGAAAUACUUUGUUCUCUACAGCACCCUCGCCCUCGGCGGUCUGUCGGUCGCAGCUGCUCCUUUGGACCAAGCAGCCCCAGUACCCGCCCCAGUCCUCCAUGACGUCCCUAGUGCCGGUGACGAUGCGUCUAAAGAGUCUCUGAAGAAGCGCCAACUUGACAUCGGGGGUCUGGUAGAAGGGCUGAUUAUACCGAUUCUCCCAGAAGAAGCGAUGGAGAAGCGUCAAUCAGACCAUGAUCAAGACACACCUUCGACGGUAUCAGACAACUCCGAAGGGCAGCUAGAGAAACGUCAAGCCGACCCAAGUCUGCUGUCGAUGUUCGGCACCCCUGAGAAAAUCCUCGAAUACUUUGCGUCUUUCAACCAGCCAAGACAGCCAAACCUCCUCGACAUCCUCAUUGGCGACCUCAGCGGAGUGGUUCCGGCCGUCACCGGGUUCCUUGAUAGUGUGCUUGACCUCCUCCUUCCACCAGUUCCAUCCCCAGCGCUUCCCAGGGCUGCUGAACCCACCACUAUCAGACAAUACUCUCCCGAGGCAGUUUUGAGCGCUCUUUCGAACAUCGGCUAUCCUCUCGGAACAGGUCUCGGGUUGGCUACGACCACACUCUGCAUCACAACGACUACAGUUACCAUCGCCGGGUUUCCUACUGUGACAAUAACAAGGCUUACCACUGUGACUGCGGGCCCGGUGCCUAUCAUCAUCCAGGGGUUGACGGCUCUCGAGGGUGCCAUCUCGUCGGUGCUCAACGAGGUCAUUCCCAGCGAGUUGCUUCCAGGCGUGACCAUUGCUGCCUCGGCCAACCUUCCGCUUGGUCUGAGUCCAGCGAUCAGUCUGACGGUUCCUGGGCUCAGUAUCCCGGCGAUUACGUUACCUCCUCCACCGACGGUGACGGUGACCCUCCCGUCAGCUCCCUCGAUUCAGCUGCCGUCUGUGUCGUUGCCGUCUGUGUCGGUACCAUCCGUCCAGGUGCCGUCUCUCUCAGUCCCGACCCUUCCGCCGGUUCCCACACUGCCAUCGAUCUCGUUGCCCAGCGCGUCUCUCCCGAGCAUUUCGGUCCCAGGCAUAUCUCUUCCGAGCCGUAUCUCUCCCGAGCGUAUCUCUCCCGAGUGUGACGCUUCCGAGUUUGAAGUUGCCAGCGGUGUCUUUGCCGAGCGUCUCACUCCCAAGCCUCACCUUGCCGACAAUCUCAUUACCGAGCCUCUCUCUCACCUUACCGAUUGUGUCUUUACCCAGUCUAUCACUCCCAAGCGUGUCGUUGCCAACUUUGCCCGAGACUCUACUGCCUGGAGUUACGAUUCCGGGCACUCAGCUCCCUGGGGUCAUCGUCUCGCCAGCACCCGGCCUGACCCUCUCCGUCGGUGGCAUCUCGGCCAAUCUCCCCGUUGUUGGUACUGUGGGGGUUCCAGCACUCAUUGA